AGUGAGAGAGUUACUGACGCACAGCCUGCAGAGGGGAACCGCGCUGGAGAACCACAACCUGAGCCUGCAGGAGGAGAACCAGAGGCUGACCCGAGAACAGCAGCGCGUGGCUGCAGAGUGAGGACUGAGAAGCAGACGAGGACACAUGGAAUCAACGGGACACAAAUCACACGACUACAAAGAUAGAAACAGAAGAUGAACGUCCAGGUGUAAUGUUGAAGCGUUGUGUACUUUUUAUGUCCCGUGUGUUCCUGCACCUUGAAGACUGGAGCGUUACGCCGGAGGGAAGGAGGCCCUGGGAGGCGGAGCUCUACUCUCGCUUUGUUUUGGUCCUCAACGAGAAGAAAGCGAAGAUCCCGAAGCCUCCUGAAGGAAACCAGGACGCGGCGCUGCGAGCCCAUUGGACGACGGCCUGCGGGACCUCCCCGACGUGGCCCCGAGUCGCAAGCGGCGCACCCGUCACCUCGGGCCCCCGGAGGCGGGGCCACAGGGCGCCCAAAGGAAGAGCCUCAUCGGCCUCCAUGACGAUGCAGAACAACCCCCCGCUGACCGGCUCUCUGGGUCACCACGUGACUUUGCCGUGUCAGUUCUCCAUCCCGCCGAUUUCUGCGGACACUCCAACACCCGGAUCCCGUGAAGAGCUGAGGAUCAAGUGGACGAAGCUGAAGAAGGACGGGGAGGAGGUGGUCCUGGUGACCCUGGGGGGGGCGGCGAAGGAGGGACAGCGUUACGCGGGCCGGCUGUCGUGGCAGAGCCCCCAGCCGUCCGGGGGCGACGCCUCCCUGAUGCUGGGGGGGCUUAGGGCGAGCGACGCGGGGGUGUACCGCUGUGAGGUCAUCCACGGGAUGGAGGAAUCCCGGGAAACCGUCCGCCUCAACGUCAGCGGUGUGGUGUUCCACUACAGGGCGAACGCCAGCCGCUACACCAUGAACUUACACGCCGCCAUGGAUGCAUGUCGCUCCGCGGGCGCUGACAUCGCCACGCCCGACCAUCUGGCGGCCGCCUUCGAGGACGGUCUAGACCAGUGCGACGCCGGCUGGCUCGCCGACCGCUCCGUCAGGUACCCGAUCAGAACGCCGCGGCCCGGGUGCUACGGCAACCUGGGGAACCGACCAGGCGUGAGGACGUACGGCGUCCGUGACGCCUCGGAGGAGUACGACGUGUACUGCUACGUGGGGAAGCUACGCGGGGAAGUCUUCUACCCGUCCUCUGUCAAUGCUAAGCUAACGCUACAGGAAGCCCGGGACAAGUGCGAGAGGCACGGCGCCGUGCUGGCGUCUCCUGGUCAGCUGUUUGCAGCCUGGAGGGAGGGGCUUAACCGCUGCGACUACGGCUGGCUGUCGGACGGCAGCGCCCGCUACCCCGUCACGCAGCCGCGGCCUCAGUGCGGCGGGGGCUUGCUGGGGGUCCGCACGCUCUACAAGUACCCCAACCAGACCGGAUACCCGGACGCCAGUGACAGGCACGGACUCUACUGCUACCGAGAGCCAACGACCACGAGUCCCCCGACGACUCCAUCAGAACCCACAAGCGCCCCCGGCACGCCGACCCCCGGACCACCAGAGCCCGUCGCACACCUGCCAACAGAGAGGCCCCCAACCGACCAACGCACCCCCCCCCACACCACGGCCUCCGCGCCCCCCACCGCCAUGAGCGACUACGACCUUACAGACCCUUUGCUCCCCAUGGCGUUUCCCCCCUUACCCACCACCAGGGGGCAGCCCCCGCAGCUCGACAUCUCCCAGGGGGGGCAGGACGAGGGGGGCGCCAACAGCGGCAGCGGGGAGGGGGGCAGCAGCGACGGCCGCUCUAGCGGGGCCGAGGCGGUGACUCUGGUGACCCCGACGCCGGCUUGGGGCGAGACCUCUACAGGGUCCAGUCGGCUUCUAAAGACCACCACCGGGUCCGGGCUGGGGGGGGAAACGUCCAGACCGCCACGGCUUCUGGCCCUCACCACCGUGGCGGUCGCACCAGGAACUCACACCCCGGGACUGGGCGUACCGGGGGGCGCGGUGGAGGCGGGGAAACAGCCCGUGGUCGUUUUUAAAGAGGAGGUCAGCCCUGAAACGGCCUCGACCUUUGACCUCGACCAGUCUUCAGGCAAACCGCCGUUCCACCUCAUCAUCGUCAACGUGCACAAUCAGAACCAGUCGGUCUCCCACAUCUUAGACAUCCUGAGCCAGUCGGCCCUGGGCCUCGGCGGUCCCCACUUCCCCCAGGUCACCGACCUCUCCCAGGGGACCAGCAAGGGGCUCCAGGACAGCAGGGACGCCGAUCCUCUGGCGGUCUACCCGAUCCACCUGCCCCCCACCGUCAGCUUCGUCAACGAAAAACACCAGGUGACCUUUGAGACGCCGCUGCCGGAGGAAGCCAGAGGAGAUCAGUUUGAGACGGCCACACCUGUCCAGGUAGACGGGGACACGACUCCCUCUGACUACGAGGUCAUAGAAGUCCACGGAGAGGAGACGCCCGUCCCCACUGAGGAGACGGAGGGCUCCGUGGACUUCUCUCCAGACAUGGACCAGACCACCUCUGACCAGACCACCACAGACCAGACCACUACAGACAAGACCACCACAGACCGUCCCACGACGGACCACCCCACCACGGACCAGGCGACCACGGACUGGCCCACCACAGACCAGACGACCACAGACCAGACCACAACGGACCAGACCACCACAGACCAGACCACCUCGGACCGGCCCAGCACAGACCAGACCACCACAACAGACCAGACCACCACGGACCCGACCACCACGCACCGGCCCACCACAGAUCAGACCACCACAACAGACCAGACCACCACUGACCAGACAACCACAGACCAGACUACCACGGACCGGCCCACCUCGGACCAGACCACAACGGACCGGCCCACCACAGACCAGACCACCAGGGACAGGUCCACCACGGACCAGACCACCACAGACCAGACCACCAUGGACCAGUCUGCCGUCAUGACGGACGAGACAGAAAUCGGUGGGACGGAGCCUCCUGAGGCAGCAGGGGUCACCACGGGGCUGCGAGCGGGGGACCCAGAGGGGUCGGCCUCCGGAGAAGACGAGGCUUCGGGACAGGACGAGGCUUCGGCACAAGACCCCCAGGAGACGACCGGCUACACCGAUAUGCCGCCUUUACUGGUUUACUCCACCCGGCGACCACCACCUGAUGACCCUGUCACGGAGGUGGCCUCAGGUGCAGAGCAGCUGUCCGGAGAGGGGGAGCAGGGUGGUCUGGUUGACCCCCUCAGAGAUCAUCGCAGCUACCGAUAUAACAGAGUGGCAGCUGUGACUUUGAGAGCGCCAACCACAGAGGUUAAGAAGGAUCCGACCCCCCCUGCCCCUGCCGAAUCCAUGAUCCCCAUAGACCAGCGCCCAUCCAGCGCCGAAGAGUCCACCACGAGCUCCGCCCACUACAUCUCCGAGCCCUUGUACACGUUUGACCACGAGACCCGCUCCGUGCCCCAGUGGGCUCUGGUCCCGGACCCUGCCGCCACCCCCCUGCCCAACGAGCAGUUUGUGGACUAUGACUCACAGAUUGCCCCCCCUCUGGUGGAGGUGCGCCCCCCCACGCAGCCUGCUGGCGCUGUGGAGGUCAGCACGGGCCUCAGAGAUCCGCUGCUCUGCUCCUCCAGCUUCUGCCUCAAUGGAGGCUCCUGCUACCAGAGAACCUCGCAGAACCUCUGCGCCUGUGCACCCGGAUACACCGGGCCGCGCUGUGAGACGGAGGUGGACGAGUGCCGGUCCAACCCGUGUCUGAACGGAGCCACCUGUGUGGACGGAGUGAGCUCCUUCACCUGCCUCUGCCUGCCCAGCUACUCGGGGGAGCUGUGUGGACAAGACACGGAGGUCUGUGGACUCGGGUGGGAGAAGUUUCAGUCUCACUGCUACAAGUACGUCAACCACCGGCGCACCUGGGACGCCGCCGAGCGGGAGUGUCGUCUGCACGGCGCCCACCUGGCCAGCGUCCUGUCCCAAGAGGAGCAGCUGUACGUCAACGGUCUGGGCAGUGACUACCAGUGGCUCGGCCUGAACGACAAGAUGUUCGAGAGGGACUUCAAGUGGACGGACGGCAACCCGAUGCAAUACGAGCACUGGAGGCCCAACCAGCCCGACAGCUUCUUCCAGUCGGGGGAGGACUGCGUGGUGAUGAUCUGGCACGAGGGGGGGCAGUGGAACGACGUGCCCUGCAACUACCACCUGACCUUCACCUGCAAGAAGGGCACAGUGUCGUGCGGGCCCCCCCCCGCGGUGAGGGACACCCGGGUGUUCGGGGCCCUGAAGCCUCGCUACGAGAUCAACGCUCUGCUCCGCUACCACUGCAAGCGGGGCUUCGUCCAGAGACACGCGCCCACCAUCCGUUGCCGGGCCGACGGCCAGUGGGACGCCCCGAAGGUCACCUGCACAAGCCCAGCAACUUACAGCCAGUCAUUGGCUCUCAGGCGCCUCCACCACCAGGACCACCAGGUCCACCAGGUCCACCACGUCCCCCAGAAACCCAGUCCACAGCAGCAGCAGGGCCCCAGCUCCAUGCUGAGCCGCUGGACGCCUCCCCAGAGAGCGAGGAGGCAGCAGAGCGCCAACCAGAUGAGACACUGAUCUCGUCUGCGCCAGGCGUCUUUUCCUUUAGCUUAGCUUCACAGUGACGUCCAAACGCGGUUCCGGAGGCGUCGGUGGAGGGACGAGCCGGACCGACGCCUCUGUACAGGACGAGGGACGCGUUCCUCAUUGGCCCCCCAGGUCCUUUAUAGAAGCCAUGUGACCGGGGUUUAUAUUCUCACAUUGAGGGUGAUGAUCACUUCCUGUUAAUUACAAAAAAACAUCCUUAAAUCGUCAAUCAGUGGUCUGCAGUCUUUAACUCCGCCCUCUGGUGUCCACCUUCAUUAAUACAACCAUGCGCCUCACUGAUUGGAUCUCAAGACAAGAUCAACGCACGCGUGUUUGACCGACUGGUAAAAAGACUAAAUGCUUCUCUGCAUUUGGGUUUGAUCCCACCGGUGCUCCGUAAACCCGUCUCUGCCGUCUCGACGCCUCGGAGAGAGACGGAUAGCAGCGAACCGCUGCACCGGAUCCCAGCGCGGCGGAUAAAGCCCCCACGGGCAGAAAGCUACCCCACCACCACCACCACCACGCGGCCCCCACCAGCUACCAGAUGUUCGCCCUGCUGCUGUUUGUUGGCAGCAUUGUCCGCUAGUCGCCGUGAGCCGGCAUGAAAUCCCCGCAACGCAGAUGUCGUUUGAGAAGCACGGGGCAGUUUGUGGCGGCACCCCGGCCCUCCCCACACGUGACCCCGGCCCUCCCCACACGUGACCCCGGCCCUCCCCACACGUGACCCCGGCCCUCCCCACACGUGACCUCAUCCCGGUCCGGCUCGUCGUAACGCCGCCCCACCCUUAACGUUUCUCCGCCCUCCACUGGGUCACGUCGCCCCACCAACAGAGCACCAAUUCAUCGCCGCUUCUUUGGGAUUCGGUCCGUCGCCGCUCGUUAUGACCCAUUUUUUACCAGCUGAUUUUUACGUGUAGAUUUUUGUACAAAAUAUUUUUGCUGCGUUUUGGGAUUUUUUUAAACAGAAGUGAGAUUUAAAAGGCGGCGCGCCUUUAAAAGUGCAUUCGCUAUUAAUCAUAGAAUAUAUAUUCCAAAUACUAUAUGAAGCCAUUUGAAUUUAACUUAUUGUAUACUUUAAAACUAUGAAUGCGUUGUGAGGAUCGAAUGAAGGUCUUUCAGAUCUGAACACAGUUUCUUUUCCGUGGAUUUCGCCCCAAACUGCUCUGGAUUAAACAUUUAGUGUCGGGUUACGAGCCAAAGGCUUGUUAACAUGUUGCUUUCUGCAGCAGAUCUGGAAUCUGUGAUUUCUUUAUCCAACAAAUAAGGGAAUGUGAAGAAUGUGCAACGAGUUCUAUUAGUGUGCAUAUUAUGUUCUGUGUUCCUCGUUCAUUUUCCUUUUUGCAUGUUUGUUCGUCAGCAUUCUACAAUGUUUACUGUAUCUGAGCUGAUUUUCAUGUAAUCGUUGUUUCUUCCUUCAUUUGAAUUACUGUAAAUGAAAAGAAAAGCUCCAUCA